AUGUUAAAACGCCUGAGGAUAUUUUUCAUUUUGCUGUUCAUAGUAGCCGUAGGAUUCUACUACAGAGCGUCAUACAAAGAGAAGACCUUUGACUACAUGUCUUUCAUCAUGGCAAAAGCUAUAAAUAUGAAGGCCAAAAGUUCAGAACAAACUGAAGGUCAAGAAAAUAUCAAUACAAUUGAAGACACAGUCAUUUCAGAAAAAAACAAAACUUCUAAUUCUGAAAGCUUUAACCUAGAGGAUAUUCUAAGUCAAAACAAUGGUAUCAUGUUUUUGGAAACCACUGACAGAAUGGAUCCACCAGCAUUAGUGUUAUGUGCAAUUGAGUCAGCAGCUCGCAUAUAUUAUGAUAGGCCAAUCAUUUUCUUUAUGAAAGGGCUAAAUGAAAUAAAAUCAGAGGAAGAUGAAAAGAUAGCACGGAAACAUUUCCCAACACUCCUAUCUUUUAAAAAUAUCUACCUUUUCCCACUGAAAAUGGAGGAAAUAUUUAAGGAUACACCUCUUCUUCAUUGGUAUGAGAAGAUUAACCCAAAAACGGAAUCCCACUGGAUACAUGUCAGCGCAGAUGGUACUAGGUUGGCCCUAAUUUGGAAAUAUGGAGGCAUUUACAUGGACACUGACAUUAUUUCAAUUCGACCGAUUCCAGUAGAAAGGUUUAUGGCUGUUGAAUCAUUUGCGUAUUCCAGCAAUGGUGUCUUUGGACUUUCACAACAUCAUAAGUUCACUUGGUUGAGCAUGGAAAACUUUGUACAAAACUACGAUGGGGGAAGGUGGGGACAUCAAGGACCACAACUCUUCACCCGAGUUCUGAAGCAGUUCUGUAAUAUAUCUGAAUUCAGUAUUUUAGGGGAUACUAUGUGCAGAAAUAUCACUUUAUUAAAUCCUCAGCGAUUUUAUCCAAUUUCAUACCCGUCUUGGAGAUUAUAUUAUCAAGUUUGGGAAAAUUUGCCAACUUUCAAUGAUUCUUAUGCUUUGCACCUUUGGAACUAUAUGAACAGUGAACAUAGGACUAUGACUACUGGAAGUAACACAUUAGUGGAACAUCUCUUCCAACAAUUUUGCCCUUCUACCUAUGGAGCUCUACUAUGGAAUGAAAGCAUACACCUUUAG